AAAUACUAGUCUCGCUUGUAUCGAUGCUCAUUAACAGUAACAAUGCAGAGACUCUGCAACAGGUUCCGCUCUUUAACCCUACAAACACUCUCCUCCUCCUCUCGUCGCCUCCUACACUCUUCUUCACCCAUUCGCUGCCCCGUCUCUUUUCCAUCUUCUGCCAAACGGAGCAUCAAUUACUCUCCUUCAGUUUCAGCCCUUUCAACGCCUCUCCGUCCCUUGUACUUUUCGCAAUUGCCCCUCUCUUUGGUUCAAGUACGCCACGUGUCUUCAAGGGAGCGGAAAAAGAGGAGGAAGCCAAUGACUCCGGCUACAUCCAAAGUCAAGAAAGUUAAAAUGAAGUUUUAUUCGUCGUACAAACUCAGGUUUAGGCCAUUGAAAGAUGGGACAAUUCGUCGCUGGCACGAGGGUAAAAAUCACAAUGCACAUCAGAAGUCGAAAAAAUCAAAAAGAAGACUCCGGCAACCUGCAUUAGUCCCUCCUGCUUUUGCAAAGGUGAUGAAGAAGCUGAACUUUUUAGCUUAAGUCUCUGCGACUCCACCAUGUAUUGGCCUCUUUUUUCCUGUGCUUCAACUUGUUAAACUCAAUACUUUUUCUUAGAACAUGACUAAUUUUGUAGUCAUUCAGUUUUGAGACUGUUUUGGACAGGUAAUGGUUGAUAACUCCAAUGUCAUUUUUUAUUUUUAAGGGAUUUUUUUUAGUAUGAUCUUUCCCUACUAGAAAAUACUAUGUCGUUUAAAUACCAUAUACUUUGUGUUUGUUUUAUAGAGAUCGGAUAAAUAAGAUAGGGAGAGGAUGUAAGUUUGUGGAGCUUGACUGAGGUGGAAAUGUGAAGUUGAAUUGUUUUA